AUGACGUCGACGACGGCACAAUACCCAACAACGGCCGAUUCGACAGCUAUUCUUACAACAACUGAAAUGACAACACCCGUGACCACAGCACCAGCUACAGAAAUGAAGACACCCGUGACCAGAUCACUAACUACAGAAAUGAAAACACCUGUGACCACAGCACCAGCUACAGAAAUGAAAACACCUGUGACCACAGCACUAGCUACAGAAAUGACAACACCCGUGACCAGAUCACCAGCUACAGAAAUGAAAACACCUGUGACCACAGCACUAGCUACAAAAAUGAAAACACCUGUGACCACAUCACCAGCUAAAGAAAUGACAACACCCGUGACCAGAUCACCAGCUACAGAAAUGAAAACACCUGUGACCACAGCACCAGCUACAGAAAUGAAAACACAUGUGACCACAUCACCACCUCCUGGUAACACCAGCUACAGAAAUGAAGACACCCGUGACCAGAUCACUAACUACAGAAAUGAAAACACCUGUGACCACAGCACCAGCUACAGAAAUGAAAACACCUGUGACCACAGCACUAGCUACAGAAAUGACAACACCCGUGACCAGAUCACCAGCUACAGAAAUGAAAACACCUGUGACCACAGCACUAGCUACAGAAAUGAAACACCUGUGACCACAUCACCAGCUACAGAAAUGACAACACCCGUGACCAGAUCACCAGCUACAGAAAUGAAAACACCUGUGACCACAGCACCAGCUACAGAAAUGAAAACACAUGUGACCACAUCACCACCUCCUGCUAUUCUUACAACAACUGAAAUGACAACACCCGUGACCACAGCACCAGCUACAGAAAUGAAGACACCCGUGACCACAUCACCAGCUACAGAAAUGAAGACACCCGUGACCAGAUCACUAACUACAGAAAUGAAAACACCUGUGACCACAGCACCAGCUACAGAAAUGAAAACACCUGUGACCACAGCACUAGCUACAGAAAUGACAACACCCGUGACCAGAUCACCAGCUACAGAAAUGAAAACACCUGUGACCACAGCACUAGCUACAGAAAUGAAAACACCCGUGACCAGAUCACCAGCUACAGAAAUGAAAACACCUGUGACCACAGCACUAGCUACAGAAAUGAAAACAUCUGUGACCACAUCACCAGCUACAGAAAUGACAACACCCGUGACCAGAUCACCAGCUACAGAAAUGAAAACACCUGUGACCACAGCACCAGCUACAGAAAUGAGAACACAUGUGACCACAUCACCAUCUCCUGCUAUUCUUACAACAACUGAAAUGACAACACCCGUGACCACAGCACCAGCUACAGAAAUGAAGACACCCGUGACCAGACCACUUACUACAGAAAUGAAAACACCUGUGACCACAGCACCAGCUACAGAAAUAAAAACACCUGUGACCACAACACUAGCUACAGAAAUGACAACACCCGUGACCAGAUCACCAGCUACAGAAAUGACAACACCUGUGACCACAGCACUAGCUACAGAAAUGAAAACACCUGUGACCACAUCACCAGCUACAGAAAUGACAACACCCGUGACCAGAUCACCAGCUACAGAAAUGAAAACACCUGUGACCACAGCACCAGCUACAAAAAUGAAAACACAUGUGACCACAUCACCACCUCCUGUCUCCAAACGAUCCGCAGUGUACAGACUUGUUGCCAGGGAUCGGGCGCUUACUGACACUCACUCAUCUCACCCGGAUGUGAGGUCCGUCAUUAGGUGCGGUCACAUUUGUUUUGAAGAUGAUUCAUGCAAGUUCUUCACGUACAUUAAACGCACGAGGAUGUGCUUGCUGGGACAAAGAUCAACCACUGAGAUACAUCAUGAGGCUGCAACGUUUACCUGCUAACUUUUGAUUCUUUCGAUUAUUCGAGAAACCAUGCCCACAAAAGCUUAAAGAUCUAAAGAAAUAUCUGAAGAAAACCAGUAUAUCGACUGAAAGGGUAAAAGAAAACAUUGUGAAAUUAUAAAAAGAAGUCAGAACAGACAUCUUGAGAAAAAAAUGAAAUUAUCUUUUUACUGUAU